AUUUCUUAUCGGAACUCAAAUACACUUAGCAGAAAGCCAAGUAAAAUUUGAUUCAAAUGGUGAUGGUUUGCCGCGUUACAGUAUCUACAAUUAUCAAAGAAAAAAUAAUAGCAAUCAGUUUGAAUAUAAAUGGGUUGGAAGCUGGCUAAACGACGAACUACAUAUAUCCUUAGAAAACGUUACUUGGAACAACGUUACAACUACAAUUCCUGAAUCGUUCUGUAGUGCUCCAUGCGAAAUAGGUCAAGUGAAAGUCGUUCAAGCGAAUGAUGAUUGUUGCUGGAUCUGCAAAGACUGUCAACCUUGGGAAUGGGUAAAAGAUAAUCUGACAUGUGAGGACUGCGGUCAAGGAUUUUGGCCAUAUCCAGAUAAAAGCGGUUGUUAUCCACUUAGACAAAAAUAUAUCAGAUGGGAUAGUGUAUUUGCACUAGUACCCAUUGGCAUUUCUUGCCUUGGUGUGAUUUUAACUGUUGCAGUUGUGGUUGUAUUUAUUAUUCACAAUGACACUCCCAUUGUUAAAGCAUCGGGUCGAGAACUUAGUUACAUGCUCUUAGGAGGUAUACUGAUUUGUUUCAUCAUGACUUUUGUACUUUUAGCGAAACCUUCCGCCAUCAUCUGCGGUCUACAAAGAUUCGGUGUUGGAUUUGGUUUUUCUGUUAUUUACGGUGCCCUCCUGACUAAAACCAAUAGGAUAGCUCGAAUCUUUGAUAGUGCAAGAAAAUCUGCUCGAAGACCUAAUUACAUAACUCCCAAAUCGCAAGUCAUUAUAACUUUGGUGCUCAUAUCUGUUCAAGUGUCCGCAACUAUUAUAUGGUUUUUUAUAGAACCACCAGGUACCCGUCAAGUUUCACCUAAUGAUAGGAGGGACGAAGUUAUUCUUAAAUGUAAAAUUAAAGACUCAAGUUUUUUAGUCUCUCUUCUCUACAAUAUGGCUCUUAUCACUACUUGUACUAUUUAUGCCGUUAUUACUAGAAAAAUUCCAGAAAAUUUCAAUGAAUCCAAAUUCAUUGGUUUCACAAUGUAUACUACUUGCAUCAUAUGGUUGGCUUUUGUACCAAUAUACUUCGGUACGGGAAAUUCAUUUGAGAUACAAAUAACGACUUUGUGUGUAUCCAUCUCGUUAAGUGCGUACGUGGCUCUGUUUUGUCUUUUUUCACCUAAAAUAUACAUCAUUAUUUUUCAUCCCGAUAAAAACGUAAGAAAAUUAACAAUGAACAGUGCUACUUACAAAAAAGCGCCAACAAGUAGCACUUGUGGUACUUCUGCUAAUCAUGGUAAGUUAAAGAAAGUCCUUUUGAUAGAAUUAAAUUGUAAGUAUAGGCAAACAAUACGUUUUACAUGGACGCCAUCUGUUGCAUCAAAAGAAUAUUAAAUAUUAUUUUCCUAUUUAUUUUAUGUGAUAAAUUAUUUUUAUUCGAACAA